AUGUCCUAUCGUGUCCUACCAGGAAGCAAGCUCAAGCUUCCAAUGUCCAGUGCAACCCCGACUAUGCUUCCUCCCCAUCUAGGACUGGCCGAGCUGUGCGUUUACGGUAGUCCUACCCCGAAAGAGAUCAACCAGAGGCCGAACUACAUCAAGGCAUUCUGGAGCGUCGUCAACUAG